UUUGUCUGAAAGAGCAGUGCGGACGACUACAUAAAUCGGUUGCUUGUGAAGAGCAUUUAGAUACAACGUUUUACUUUAUUACACCAAGAAAAUAUGGUGAAAAUGUCUAAACUGCGUUUGACCAAAUGGCGAUUAUGGAUAACAUCGCUUCUCUUCUGCAUUGCCGCUGCUGAUGUUCAUUAUUCUGUGCCGGAGGAAACAAAGACAAAAUAUGUGAUUGGAAGUCUAAGUAAGGACCUUAAUUUGGAUUCCGAUCGCUUGAGGUUUCGCAAAGCCCGUUUGGAUUACCAAGGGGAUAAAAUAUAUUGUGAAGUAGACCUAGAUUCUGGAAAUCUUUUUGUUUCGGAAAGGAUCGACCGAGAGAUGCUGUGCGGAACGACCUCCCCCUGCCUCGUGCACUUUGAAUUUAUUCUUCAAAAUCCUUUACAGCUUCAUAACGUUGUUUUGGAGGUCCAGGAUAUCAAUGACAACCCUCCUGUUUUCCCCAAAGAUUCAAUUAAGCUAGAGAUAAGCGAAGCAGCACCAACCGGAAGUAAAUUACAAAUAGCUCGUGCACGCGAUUUGGAUGUUGGAAUGAAUUCAGUCCAGAUGUAUAUUCUUAGUCAAAACAAAUAUUUUGUUCUUGACACAAAAUCAAAUAAAGACAGGUAUGUGGACAUUGUUUUGAAAAACAGCCUGGAUAGAGAGACAAAAGGAGAGCAUUCCUUAAUAUUGUCUGCGGUGGAUGGGGGAAAUCCUCCUAAAUCUGGAACUGUUGUUAUUGAAGUGUUCGUGAUAGACGUGAAUGACAAUGCACCCGUAUUUUCGCAGCCUUUGUACAAUACUCAUUUAUCCGAAAAUGCAGCACUCGGAACGUUUGUCAUCAAAAUUGCUGCGACCGAUGUGGAUGAGGGCGCAAAUGGACAAAUAACGUAUUAUAUCAAUCACCUAUCUGAGAACACAAAAGAAAUGUUUAAAAUUGACGAAAAUUAUGGAGAAAUAUCUGUAAUUGGACAGCUGGACCACGAGAAGUCCUCGUCGUACGAGAUGGAAGUGCAGGCAGAGGACGGUGGAGGUCAGACAAGCCACUGUAAAGUUGUUAUUGAAAUAGAUGACAUUAAUGAUAACGCGCCUGUUAUAUCAGUAAAGUCUCUGAAAAACCAAAUCCCAGAAAACAUCCCACCCGGUUCAGAGAUCGCUGUAAUAAACGUGAAGGACCAAGAUUCCGGUGAAUACAGCCGGGUUAGUUGUUCCAUUUCUUCAAGUCUGCCAUUUCAACUACAGCCGUACAUCAAGUCUUAUUUCAUUAUCACUACAACUCGUUCGCUUGAUCGGGAGCAAAUUGAAAAUUAUAAUGUAACAAUAACAGCAACGGAUGGAGGUACACCCCCCUUAUUCUCGAAUUUAACUCUGAACAUACAAGUUUCAGACAUCAACGACAACUCCCCUACAUUUGAGUUACAGACAUAUGCUGUUUAUAUAAGUGAAAAUAACACACCAGGCACUUCUGUUUGUUCUGUCAGUGCAAAUGACCCAGACUGGAGACAGAACGGGACUGUACUGUACUCUCUGGUUCCCAGUGAAGUCAAUGGGGUCCCAGUGUCCUCAUUUCUAUCCAUUAAUGCAGAUACAGGGGUGAUUCAUGCUGUAAGAUCAUUUGACUAUGAGCAGUUCAGAAACUUCACUGUCAAAGUUGUUGCCAGAGACAAUGGAUCUCCACCGCUCAGCAGUAACGUGACUGUGAAAGUCUUCAUAACAGAUGAGAAUGAUAACUCUCCGCAGAUAUUAUACCCUGUCCCUGAUGGAAAGUCUUUAAUGACUGAAAUGGUCCCUAAAGCGAGUCUGUCAGGCUCUCUGGUGUCCAAGGUGAUCGCUGUAGAUGCUGACUCUGGACAGAAUGCAUGGCUGUCAUAUCAGAUUGUCAAAUCUACUGAUCCUGGACUUUUCAUCAUUGGUCUCCAUAGUGGAGAGAUCAAAACACAACGAGACAUUUCUGAAUCUGACGAUAUGAAGCAGAACCUCGUUAUUUCAGUGAAGGACAACGGACAGUCCUCUCUUUCUACAACCUGUGCUGUAAAUUUACUAAUUUCUGACAAUCUGUCUGAAGUUCCUGAACUUAAAGAUAUGAGUUAUGAGGACAACAACUCUAAUUUAACGUCCUACUUGAUCAUUGCAUUAGUUUGCGUGUCCACCUUCUUCCUGACGUUCAUCAUACUGAUCGUGGCAGUGAAGUUUUGUCACAGGAGAAAGCCCAGACUGUUGUUUGAUGGAGCAGUUGCUGUUCCCAGCGCCUAUCUGCCUCCCAACUAUGCAGAGGUGGAUGGAGCAGGAACUCUCCGCAGCUCUUACAAUUAUGACGCGUAUCUAACCACAGGCUCGCGCACCAGUGACUUUAAGUUUGUGAGCUCGUAUAAUGAAAACACGCUUCCCGCUUGUGGGACUCUGAUAAGAAGUGACAUCGAUUCUAAUAUGUUGCGCCUGUCUGACGAAGGAGAAUGUACAGAGGUAAAUAUCUGUUUUGAUUCUUAA